GACUGACUGUGUGUAUUGGUUCCUGACUUCCCUGAACAGUUGCAUAUCGCGGGGACUAUUCGAUGCUAUUGCAGUCCGCCACAGGAUGUUUUUGUGCUGGUCAAGGGCAGACAGGUCUGGAGUGAACCAAGGGCUAUAUCUGUUCUUAGUUUUAAAAACAAUUGAAAGGGUCAUGCUUAUUUAAGAUAGUGAGGAAAUUAAUUUUAAUAUAUAGCAGGAUAUAGCAGGAAGAUAAUCCUGCAGCAACAGGAAAUUUGAAUUAUUAUGUGGAUUAUAUUUAAUGGAAAUGUUUGUAGGUUUUGAUACAUUUUUUGAUAGGGAGAAUCAAGUCUGAAAUUUCAAAUGGGAAAUUACAAAUUUCAGAAGCCAUUUUAAACCUCAAAUACACUACACAUUUUAAAUGUCCUGCAUUGCAGGAACGUUCUCCUGCAACAGAGUGAUCAGAUUAAGAUCCUACAUCUGUAGCCUACUAGCAUUUCGCAAUGAUGACUUCCUUGACAUCUGGUAUUAUUAAUUAUUAUCUCAGUUUACAACUGUCCUUUUGCUAAUGUAAUGGUGGUGGAUAUUAGUGUACUGUACGGCUUCUUGUUAACUGAAGAAUGAGAAGAGGUUGUCAUGAGUUUCCAACAGACAUGUCUAUCUCCAGCCAAAUUGAAGACAAUGAGGGAACAUUAUAGCCAGUGAUUACCCACAGAUAGGCAUUCCAUCCUUCCAUUACGGCUCAAGUCUCUCCAGUGUCUCCUUUCUGCUUUCUCCUGCAGGAAACAAGCACACAGUAAACACCUUUUGAACCAAAAUGAAACUGAAAUCCUAACCUCUUGUUGUUCUUCAGGGGGAAGACAUCUUAGCCUCAGUCAAACCAAAUACAGUAGGCCCAACAACAAGGACUAAUUCCUAUUUAUCCAGGGCCCUCAGAGGCACUAGCUGACUUUGGGUGAACCAGAGAGCUCUUCAUUGGUGUGUGGACAGUAGACAGUGUUGGACCAUGGCGCUCGUGGACCCGACUGCAUCCCAUCUGGACCCGGGCAUGGAUGGUGAGAGCGGGGUCCUCGCCAGUGUCUUUGGGGUCCUCCCCAACGCCAACUGCCCCAAACACGGGCAAAACACUCCGGAGGACACGAAACGAUGCCUACGCAAGGUCAUCGGGCACCACAGGGACUACGUCAAAAUCUCGCUGCCUGACGCCAAGGGCAACCGGCUGCCCACGGAGUGGUGGAAGACAGCCAUCGCGUUCUUCUACGCCAUCUUCAACCUGGUCCUGACCACCGUGGUCAUCACGGUCGUCCACGAGAGGGUCCCGGAGAAGGAGAACAGCCCGCCACUGCCCGAUAAGUUCUUUGACUACAUCGACCGGGUGAAGUGGGCGUUCACGGUCACCGAGAUCAACGGCAUGCUCCUGGUGGGAAUCUGGGUUAUACAGUGGCUUUUCCUCAGAUACAAGUCGAUUGCAGGUCGGAGGUUUUUCUUCCUGAUUGGCACCCUCUACCUGUACCGCUGCGUCACCAUGUACAUCACAACCCUUCCUGUACCCGGCAAUCACUUCACCUGUGCUCCCAAGCUGUAUGGAGACUCUCACGCUAAGAUGCAGCGUGUGCUGACGUUGAUCUCCGGCGGCGGUCUGUCCAUCACCGGGUCCCACCUCAUGUGUGGUGACUUCCUCUACAGCGGACACACCGUCAUGCUCACCCUCACCUACCUGUUUAUUAAAGAGUACUCCCCGCGGACGUUCUGGUGGUACCACCUGAUGUGCUGGCUGCUGGCUGCUGUGGGAGUGGUGUGUAUUCUGGUGGCCCACGAACACUACAGUGUGGAUGUGGUGGUGGCCUACUUCAUCACCUCACGCCUCUUCUGGUGGUACCACACCAUGGCCAACGUUCAGGCCCUGCGGUGCUCGCCCAACAACUACCUCACCAACACCUGGUGGAACCCCGUGUUCAACUUCUUUGAGAGGAACGUGCAGACCCAGGUGCCCUGCUCCUUCUGCUGGCCAAUCACCUGGCCCCCUGCCUGCCUUAAGAAUUCCUGUAAGAAGUACAGUGCAGUGCAGAGCCUGCGGGAGGAGUAGAGAGUAGGGACUCCACUCCAGUUCAGGAUCUUGUUCACCAGGCAUUCACCACCAGUGUUGCUUUGAACACCCCAACCUAUUUUGUAUUCAUGCAGUAUUUAUGGUCCAUUAUGUGAUUUUAAAGUAUUAUGUGAAGGAUAGUUGAAGUUUGUGAGGAAAUGGUCAUAUAGGGAAAGUAUGUGAGAAUAACAUAAUCCACAUACAUUGGGUCCUUGUGUACUUCACCACUACAAUGUAUCUUAUUUAUGAGGUCAGUUUAUUUGAAAAUGUUCUUUAUUCUUGUGAAUGUUACUGUAACAAACUCAACUGAAGUCAACAUGUUGCGAUGUCAUGCAGCGCUUUGCCACUGGCUUGCAGCUUUACUCAAAACUCCAAUAGAAAAAUUGCAUUUUAUAGAGCUAUACCUUAUUACGUUUACAUCAAUUUGAUUUAAUGAAUAUUAAGUACUUUAAAAAUAUAUAAUUUCCAAAA